CUCACUGUUCCUGUCUCUUCCUCUCUCGCUCGCGCUCUCCAUGGAUCCGCUGAGGAGAUCUCUCUCCCUCCGAUCCCUGAUCCUCCUCCUCUUCUUCCUCCUGAUCCAUGGCGCCCGCUCCUUCUACCUCCCCGGCGUCGCCCCCGAGGACUUCGAGAAGGGACAUCUGCUGAAGGUCAAAGUGAACAAAUUGACAUCUAUUAAGACGCAGCUUCCUUAUUCCUUUUAUUCCCUACCAUUUUGCCAUCCCAAAAAGAUAUUGGACAGUGCAGAGAAUCUUGGUGAAGUACUACGUGGAGACCGUAUUGAGAACUCUCUUUAUGAGUUUGAGAUGCGGGACCCAAAGAUGUGCAAAAUUCUCUGCCGUAUAGUCCCCGAUGCAAAGCAAACAAAGGAUUUGAAAGAAAAGAUUGCUGAUUAUUAUCUGGUCAAUAUGAUUCUUGACAACCUUCCCGUUGUUGUUCCCUUAUGGAGAUCAGAGCAGCACCCCACUCCUGUAUAUCAACUCGGUUUUCAUGUUGGGCUUAAAAGCCAAUAUGCUGGGAGCAAAGAGAAGUAUUUCAUUUACAACCAUUUGGCAUUUGCUGUCAAGUUUCACAGAGAUGCAGAGACCGACUUGGCCAGAGUUGUGGGUUUUGAGGUCAAACCCUUUAGUGUUAAGCAUGAAUAUGAAGGGACGUGGAAUGAAAAUACUCGUCUAACGACAUGCGAUCCCCAUGCGAGGGACACAGUAGUUAACGCAAAUUCUCUUCAAGAGGUUGAGGAGUCAAAGGAAAUUAUAUUCACCUAUGAUGUGGAGUUCCUGGAGAGCGAUGUAAAGUGGGCUUCUCGGUGGGAUACCUAUCUUUUGAUGAGUGAUGACCAGAUUCACUGGUUUUCAAUUGUUAAUUCUCUGAUGAUUGUCCUAUUUCUCUCUGGAAUGGUGGCUAUGAUAAUGCUGCGGCCACUUUAUCGCGAUAUUUCCAAGUACAACGAGCUUGAGACUCAGGAAGAAGCCCAGGAAGAGACUGGAUGGAAGCUGGUCCAUGGUGAUGUUUUCAGACCCCCUUCCAACUCAGAUCUGCUGUGUAUCUAUGUAGGAACAGGUGUUCAGUUUUUUUGCAUGGUUCUGGUAACAAUGAUCUUUGCCAUCCUCGGGUUCCUCUCCCCUUCAAACCAGGGUGGUCUCAUGACAGCCAUGCUCUUACUUUGGGUGUUCAUGGGCCUCUUUGCUGGAUACGCAUCUUCUCGUUUGUACAAAAUGUUCAAAGGGACUGAGUGGAAGAAAAUGGCAGUGCGGACUGCAAUUGUGUUCCCUGCAAUCGUCUUUGCCAUUUUCUUCGUCUUGAAUGCGCUCUUAUGGGGCCAGAAGUCUUCUGGGGCAGUGCCGUUUGGUACCAUGUUUGCUUUGGUAUUCUUGUGGUUUGGAAUUUCAGUCCCACUUGUUUUUGUGGGUGCCUACAUUGGAUUCAAGAAGCCAGCGAUUGAGGAUCCAGUCAAAACAAAUAAAAUUCCCAGGCAGAUCCCAGAGCAGGCUUGGUACAUGAAUCCGGCCUUCUCAAUCUUGAUUGGUGGAAUCCUUCCAUUUGGAGCUGUCUUCAUCGAACUCUUCUUCAUCCUUACUUCAAUCUGGCUGAACCAGUUCUACAACGUCUUCGGUUUCCUCUUCCUGGUCUUCAUUAUCUUGAUCGUCACUUGUGCUGAAAUUACGAUUGUGCUCUGCUAUUUCCAGUUGUGCCGUGAGGACUAUCUUUGGUGGUGGAGAUCUUACCUCACAGCUGGAUCCUCGGCCUUGUACCUUUUCCUCUAUGCCACGUUUUACUUCUUCACAAAGCUCGAGAUCACGAAGCUAGUUUCUGGGGCAUUGUACUUCGGCUACAUGCUGAUUGUUUCCUAUGCAUUUUUUGUGCUGACCGGAACCAUUGGCUUCUAUGCUUGCUUCUGGUUCACUAGGCUCAUUUACUCGUCAGUGAAGAUUAACUGAUCGAUGCAAUUGAGUAUGUGCACCGGUUAGCUUCUUCCCUUCAAAGAAUGAAAACAAUGUGACUGUUCCGAUCUCGGUGGCUCGUGACAAGGAGGAGAUGCUGCCCAGGAGCAGGAGGAGAAGGGUCAGGGGGAGAGGAGAUGGAAGAGAGGUUGCAGAAGCAGCCAUUGCAGAGAGAGAGAGAGAGAGGGAGAAGAUGCCGGUUGAUGGUGGGAAGCUUGAAGGCCAUGGGGUGUUGGGCUUUCUUGCGAGUUUACUGUGCGUAUGGGGGGAUAUAUAUAGUGUGGAGAGAUGAGAAGCAAAGCUAGCCGUUGGGGAGAGAGAGAGGGAAGCUGGCAUGGAAACGGGCUGUUUGGCGGUGGGUGAGCUUUUUCUGUACGUUCUCAAGGCAAGGGCCAAGAUUGGACAGGUGGUGUCGUGGAACAAGGUGAAGAAGAAGAGAAGGGGGAAGAUACAGCGGUCUAACGUGCGCUGAUGCUUGCUCGCAUUUUUAUGUCGGCUCGGGUAGGGCCGGGUAAGUUAGCUUGUUAAUUUUAUUGUGGGUACAUCAUGUAGAACAAUGUGGAAAUACUUAUAUGGAAAUGUUCGAGCGUCAAAAAAAGCUGGUGAUUU